UUGGCCGAACGCCUGUCACCCUCUGAUGCCGACCUGGCGGACGACGAUUCGCUGGACGCCUGGCUGCAAAAGAGCGCCGGCAUCGCCGGUCAUACUUCGGUCACCUGCAAGAUGGGUCCGGGAGCGGAUCCGUUGGCCGUGGUGGACCAGUAUUGCAGCGUGCACGGCAUGCAGAGUCUUCGGGUGGUGGACGCGGCCGUGAUGCCGGACAUAGUCCGCGCCAACACCAACGCCACGAUCAUCAUGAUGGCCGAGCGGGCGGCCGACUUCAUCAAAGAGAGUCGUUAA